AGCCCGUUGAACAUACCCUGCAAGCUUUUCAGGGAUUUUUGCAGCAGAAACCCUAGCUUUUUGUCUGAACGACACAUUCCUGAGGAACACGGAGCUUUCCUACAGGGGGGAAGGAAACGGGGUGUGCGUGCAUCCAGGGUUGCUUUCCCACCGGCACACAGCAGAGGCCUUGCACCCAGCGUGUGCUUAAUUAAGACUCCACAGACCUGCGAGGUCCCAAGAGAGCGUGGUUACGUCAGCGCACUGCUCAGCAGAACUGACAGAGCUUCACCGUCCAGAACCGAGGAGAUGUCCAGGUUAACACAGAGGGCUGUGGUGUCACCGGAACAGCUGCCCCUCGCCUCGUGGUGUGGUGGCUGUGACAAGCUGAGUUGGCUUCCCGAAGGCAAGGUGUUCAGUAACGUGCAAAGAGACAAGAUCAUCUCCAAGUUCCUUAAGGAAAGCGUUCUAAAGAGAGUGUUCCGUUCCCAGCAGAUGAGGUGGGAGGGCCCUGACUGCCGGAAAGAGGAUCGAAGCCGUAACUUUCCCUGCACCAGAAAGCAGGCAGAGCCCGGCGGGGCGCCCGGCCUGCAGGCCCCGCACGCGGACGGGCCCGGGCCUCGAGGAGGCAGCGCCCUGGGAGAGGACAGCCGGGAGGACGCCUGGGCCUGCGGUGCUGUGCGGAUUUUAAGGAAGCAGAGGAGCAGCUACCACAAAAUGGGGAGAAGAACUGGGGAGAAGGAUGACACCGGCCCACGUGUGUCGAACGUCCCUCACGAGAAUUUAUCGCACUGGAAUUUGGAUUCAGAAGUGCCUGUUCCUGAGAAUAAAAGCCUCCCACCUGGAAGGGAUAGUGCAGCAGGCAAAAUGAACAAGAACCAUUUGGAAAUUCCAGUACAACAGCUGAUGCUGGAACUCAAUUUGUCAGAGCAUGCUCAUAAAAGAACGCAGAACGGUAAACAAGGGAUAUUUCAGUUAUGGAGUUAUCCUGUUAACGAGGGAAGUGCUAUGGAGAACAGGGAAUUUAAAAAAUCUUCCACGGAAACUGGCUUUAACGUAACCAAUAAUUCCACAAGGUUCUUCACCCCGAGCCACUCCUUUGAUAAGCAAGUUGGUUCUUACCCUGGACUGCUGAUGCCGUUUGAUCUCUGCUGGCCCUAUGCUGAUGGGGACUUUUUUAAGGACCGAAAUGAGCUUCAUAUGAAUUCAUGCUCAAUUGUAGAAAACAACAAUGGUGAAACUUUAUCUGCUCCAAAUUGGAAUUUGAAAUAUGGAAACAGCAGUGUGGAAGAAAAUGCAACAGAUGAAAGUGAUUUAUCAGAAAACGAGAAAGCGAAUGAUACUUUACUCAGCUAUUUUAAAAGGAUGGACUUGAACUUAAAGCCGGAAACAAUAGACAAUGUUGAAGAAUCGUUCACUGAGGAACCAAAUGAAGUAUUCCCCUAUCCUGAUUUUCUCCCUCCUCCUUUCAGUGCUCUGGACUUGCACAAAUUAGCCCUCUCAAAAUCUGAAGCCUGGAAAGCCACAGUGGAACCUCCAGAAAGCACUAUAGAACACUUGGUAACUCGUUUACUGGAGCUGGAAAGAUUACAACACGCAACUAUACAAAAAGAGAGGCCGAAACCGCAAACCACUCUCUGUACUCCAGCUGUUACUGAACGACCCUCUUCCUCCAAAGCUAUAUCAAAAGUGAAGCAACCAAAAUUCCCUGACUCUUCCAGCCUCCAGACAUCUUGUAUAGAUAAGAGUCGAGACAAAAGAAAAAACAGUCCUGGUUCUUGCAAGCUUGAACAAAAUGCUUCCAAAUGGAAUUGGAGCAAUGCUGAGAAGUCCAAGUGGAAUUCUAGACCGCCAUCCCUAAAAAGUUCACCCACCACAAAACAAUUCAUCGCAACUUACGAUGACUUGAAGAAUGCCAAAGGCCCCAUUUUAAAUCCAUGCCAAGAACUCUCAUCCAAGUCUCCUGUUGCCCAGACAACUCCAUCACUGGUUAAAAUGGUCUCAAGAUGUCCGCCACCAAGGUCUCCGAUACCAGUCUCCCCCGUGCCUCUGUGUUUUCCCGAAACUCAGAGGGAAGAAGUUAAGCCAAGGCCCAAAAAGAAGCUUUACCGAAAAAAUACAGUAUUACAUAGACCAUUCUAUAUUCAGAAACUGAACUGUUUGUCGUCUUCAUUUAUAGCCAAGGAUAAGUGCUCACUGACCAAAAAUAGCUAGAGGAUAAGUGCUCACUGGCCCAAAAUAACCUUUUAUUCCACACAUUCUCAAUGUGAGCAAAUUUAUCCCAAGAAGCCCAGCUAAAACAUGGUUCAUCAUUCCAAGAUCCAGGCACUGAAACAAAAAAUACCCAGAGUAAUCGCUUGAUGUGCUACAAGGUGGAAUGUCUGAAGUGUCGCCGAGACGUCCAUCAGUAAGUUGAAGGGCUUCUGUGACAUAUAUGACAAUUCUUUUGCCUGUUGCUUGAAAGAAAUGUUUCACUUAGAAAGCUUUUCCAAGUUUCUUGCGUUGUGCUUGU